CAUUUGUUUUCUAGUGGGAACAUAAAAUAUCUCCAAUCCAAUGAUAUAUCGCAGUUGAAUUCGGAUUGUAAUACACAAAUUCUAAUAUUUCAACCCCUUCGCAGUUACCUCACAUUCUAACCUAAAUUUCGCCAAAACCUCAAAAAACCAAUCAUUCACGAAUAGUUUUCUUUGUGGGGUCCAUAACGUUCUCGUCAAGUCAACGACGAGAAUUCCGAUUCGGCCAAUGAUCGCCGCCGAGCAAAGCCGAUGAUGGUGAUUGAUAACCUAAGGUAUAACCUUUCCGAGCACCCAUCAAUCGUCGGCUUCCGGUGGAGCCAUGCCCAAUCGUGGGGCUCCACUUGGUUCUUUCUUUUCAACUCCAUCGCCGCCUAUGUGGCCGUCUCCGUGUUCCUCCACCUCCUCCUUCUUGCCGUCUUCCGCCACCGCCGCCCGCUCCCUCUUGGCCCUCUCCCCGCCGUGCACUCCCUCUGCAUGGCUCUAAUCUCCAUCACCAUCUUCGCCGGCAUCCUCCUCUCCACCGCCGCGGAAAUUCGUGACACACGGUGGUCCUGGCGACGGACCCGCACCACCCCUUUUCAGUGGCUCCUAUGCUUCCCCCUCGGCAUCCGCCCCUCCGGCCGGGUCUUCUUCUGGUCAUACAUUUAUUAUCUCUCCCGGUUCCUACACGCGCUGCGUACAUUUUUCACUAUUAUUCGCGGCCGAAAACUCUCAUUCUUCAAGUUGUUCAACAAUUCUAUAGUGAUCUUCACUUCAUUUUUGUGGCUGGAAUUUUCACAAUCUCUCCAAGUUCUUGCGAUUCUCCUCACGACGCUCGUUUACUCUGUGGUUUAUGGGUACCGGUUCUGGACGGCGAUUGGGCUGCCGAGUGCGUGCUUCCCGUUCGUCGUGAAUUGCCAAAUGGUGUUGUUGGGUUGCAAUCUUGUGUGCCAUAUUGGGGUGCUUUUGCUGCAUUUAAUCAAAGGUGGGUGCAAUGGAAUUGGAGCUUGGGGUUUCAAUUCAGUGCUUAAUGGUGCCAUUCUUCUUCUCUUCUUGAAUUUCUAUGUGAAAAUGCAUAUUCGGAAUAGAAAACCCAGUGGCUGCGGCGGCGCUGCCGUGAAAGAAGCUGAGAAGGCGGAGAAGCUGGUUAAAGACAAGGAUAUUUGAGAUUUGUGAAUUUUUUUUUUUUUUUUUUUUUUUUUUUCCUUAUGGAGGUAAAAUGUAGUGCUAAAAUUGAUCUUUCGGCAAAUUUUAUUUUCAAUUUCUUCAGGUUAAAAUACAGGAAAACUUGUUCAUACUUUUAUAAGACUAGACAGACCGGUUCGUUGUGAAAUCGAUGUCUUUUUUAUUGGACCGGUCUGGAUUGGAUUUUUGAACGGUUGUUCAUUAGAAACGUUUCCUUUUUA